GAAGAUGGCGUGCUUCCAAGAGAUAUUCCUCACCGCACCACGUUCUACGACUCCGUCGUUGAGCGGCAAAUGUCCCAAACUGAUGCUAAGCUGUUCUACCAGCGAAGCCAGCUAGACAGUACGGAACAGGCGCAGUCAUCCUCUUUUAAUGACCCUGUCGCAGCUCUGGCAUCAAGCGGCGGCCUUGAGUAUGAGGGCGAUUCCGCGCUGUCUGAGUCUUUUGGCAAAGCGUCUGUACCUGGAUUAGACAACGCUAGACUUGCAGCUGAAGCUACCAGAGGAAUCUCCAACAUCAACUUCCUCGACCCUCAGCCGCAGGUGACGGCAGAGUUGAGCUCCAUUUCCAAGAGCAUCCAAGACAUUAUCGCGCUGAGAAAGAAAUACAUGGCCAUUUCCCUUCAGCGAUAUGGCGAUGAUCCAAGAGAUGCCACCGACUGGCAGAUUUACCCCCCUGGAGACAAGGCCGGAGAUUCCUUCGACAUGGAGCAUGUCAUGCCAUUGCCUUCAAAGGAGGACAGCAUGACAUUCAAGCUGAGCGAUGCUGGCGUUUAUGAAGUCUUUGAGGGUGCCGAUUCUCAAACACCUGCUUUCCAAAUCCCAACCAUUAGGCAGUUUUACAUGGAUCUCGAGAGAAUCCUUACCGCCUCGUCAGACGGACCAAGCAAGAGCUUCGCCUUCCGCCGCCUGCAGUACCUCGAAGGCAAAUUUAACCUGUACGCACUUCUUAAUGAGUAUCAGGAAACUGCCGACAGCAAAAAGGUGCCUCACAGAGACUUUUACAAUGUUCGAAAAGUAGACACUCACGUGCACCACUCGGCGUCUAUGAACCAGAAGCACUUGCUGCGCUUCAUCAAGAGCAGGAUGAAGAAGAACCCUGAUGAAGUUGUCUUGUUUCGUGAUGGGAAGCACUUGACGCUUGCCGAGGUGUUUGCCAGUAUUAAUCUCACGGCAUAUGACUUGAGUAUUGAUACACUUGAUAUGCACGCUCACGUUGAUUCUUUUCACCGAUUUGACAAGUUCAAUCUUAAAUAUAACCCCGUUGGAGAAUCUCGACUCCGAGAGAUCUUCUUAAAGACGGACAACCUAAUCAAAGGUCGCUAUCUAGCCGAGCUCACCAAAGAGGUUAUUUCCGACCUUGAAGCUAGCAAGUACCAAAUGGCCGAAUGGCGUCUAUCCAUCUACGGCAAAUCACUCGACGAAUGGGACAAACUCGCAGCCUGGGUUGUUGACAACAAGCUGUUCUCGCAGAACGUCCGGUGGCUCAUCCAGAUCCCUCGUCUGUACGAUGUCUACAAGGACAACGGCUUGAUGGAAUCCUUUGACCAAGUCAUCACCAAUGUCUUCCAGCCGCUGUUCGAAGUCACAAAGGACCCUUCCAGCCACCCGAAGCUUCACAUCUUCCUUCAGCGCGUCGUCGGUCUCGACAGCGUUGACGACGAGAGCAAGAUUGAGAGGCGCCUGUACAGGAAGUUUCCAGUUCCAAAGGAGUGGAACACGAAGCAAAACCCUCCGUAUAACUAUUGGAUCUACUACCUCUUCGCCAACAUGGCGUCUCUCAACUCGUGGCGCAAGAAGCGUGGCUUCAACACUCUCAUCUUGCGACCUCACUGUGCUGAAGCUGGAGACCCAGAGCAUAUAGCUGUUGCGACGCUUUGCUGCCACAGCAUCAGCCACGGAGUGCUUCUCCGAAAGGUCCCGUUGUUGCAGUAUGUGUUUUACCUUGAACAGAUUGGAGUUGCUAUGUCGCCGUUGAGCAACAACGCAUUAUUCCUAUCAUAUGACCGCAACCCAUUCCCUCAAUACUUUAAACGAGGUCUCAACGUUUCCCUCUCAACCGACGAUCCGCUGCAGUUUGCGUUCACAAAGGAGCCUUUGAUGGAGGAAUAUGCUGUUGCCGCACAGAUCUACAAGCUCAGCCCUACAGACAUGUGCGAGCUGGCCAAGAACUCGGUUAAGCAGAGCGGCUACGAGGCGGCUGUUAAGGAGCAGUGGCUAGGGCCCAACUUUGAUAAGCCGGGCAAAGAAGGAAAUACCAUGGCCAAGACCAAUGUUCCUGACCGGAGAGAGGAGUUUAGGUAUCAUACCUUGCUUACGGAGAGGGAGGUACUUAGUCGAUACGCUGCAUUUGAUCCAAAUGCUGAAAAGAAGAGCAUCAAGACUGAGUUGGCCUCAAAGUCAUCAAGCGGAAACAUUCCCUCCUCAAGCGCGACAGAGGCAACAUCAAGCAUCACGAGUCCUACAUCAGAAGCCCCAUCUCUUCGAAAGGCUCCCAGUUCAGCUGCAGAUGUGCACAUUUCUGGAAAUGAUCCAAUGAUUUUCCCUGGAAUUUUGAGUCGGGAUCCUAGCCUCCGCAACCUGGCCAAA